AUGAUCUCGAUUGUACACGAACCACCUGGCUAUGUAGCGCAGAAAAAAUUCGCAAAAUCUGUUGCUGAAUCCUUUCCCGUACCAUUAGAGUCAUGUGUCGCAAUAAUGCAUAUGGCCAAACUCGCGGCUAUCUCAAAUUCCCUCAUCCAGAAAAAAUCCAUUCCUAGCUUGAACGAGUUUAACACUAAACAUGAGUGGGUUCGCGGCGUGUGUCAUCUGUGCUUCAACCGAGGACCGGAUGAAGUGCUUCUGGGAGUUUCAACAGCGUAUUAUCCAGCUGAUGAGGGUCCUCACUUCUGUCUUAAGCCUCCAGUAUCCAAAUCCCUUCAAAACCAACAAUAG